AUGUCUCAUUGUUUUCUUUCAUUUCUUUUCUUUUUCGGUUUUUCUCAUUCAUAUUUUUACCUUUUCUUUUUUUUAGGCUAUUUUCCUUCUUAUUUCUUUCUUCAAAUGUUAAGUCUUUCCAUUCUUCUUCUUCUUCGUUGUUCCGUAUUUUCUCUUCAACUUAAAUAUACGCCUUUUCAUUUCUUUUUCCUUUCAUCUGAGGCCUUAAAGUUCCUUCCUUCCUUUAUUGCUUUUCUUUCUCUGCUGCGUAAUAUGUCAUCUCCGUUCGCGGCUACCCAAUUCCCUCGUCUCUUGUCAUUUACCUCGUUCCCAAUAGGGUCCCAACCCCCAGAAUCCUUCGUUGAUCAUACCAAGCCUAUUUUCUUCCUAACAAGUCAAAUUUUCUCUUUUUUCCCCCUUUUCCUCUUUAUCUUCCUUUCUUUUCGUUUCGUGUGUGUUGCUUUUCCCGUGGACCACUUCAUCUUGGAUCAAAUCCCGGCUCAACCUUUGGCUCAGUAA